AUGAUCAAUCUCAAUGAUGAUUCUAUAUAUGCCUCACUGCUUGAAUCUGACUCUCAAAGUGAGGUACCACAUCUCCAAAGUAAGUUGCCUCAAUGGAUGUGGGCUUCAAAUGUGGCAAUCUAUUCAAACCAGGGCAUGAAGGAUGGUGCAGAGAGUCCGAAGUCCUAUUGGGGUUGGAAUGAUGAGGACAUGGAGAAUGGAAUUGAGGAGGAGCGUUGGUCAAAAGGGUAUGCUAUUGCAAGUGCUUCAUUAGCACCCAUUCUUCUGGCAUUUUUGUGGAGCACCCAGGAUGAUGUGAGUUCUUUGAGUGGACAAAUAGCAUAUUUUAUUGGUGUUGUUUUGGGUGGUAUAUUUGGUGUUCUUGCAUAUCUAUACACAAGACCUGAUGAAGCAACUCGCAAAUUUUUAUUUCUAUGGGUUUUGGGAGGAUUUUUCAUUAGCAUUAUCUGGUUCUACAUUGUUGCAAAUGAGCUUGUUGCUUUGCUCGUGGCCUUAGGUGUAAUUUUUGGAAUUAACCCAUCAAUACUUGGAGUGACUGUAUUGGCAUGGGGAAACUCAAUGGGUGAUUUAAUGUCAAAUGUUGCAUUGGCAAUGAAUGGUGGAGAUGGUGUACAGAUAGCCAUGUCAGGAUGCUUUGCAGGGCCUAUGUUUAACACGCUUGCUGGUUUGGGGAUCUCAAUGCUGCUUGGAGCCUGGUCUAAGAGACCUGCCUCAUACAUAGUUCCUAAAGAUAGUAGUUUGUUUUUGACUAUGGGAUUUCUAACUGCAGGACUUAUUUGGUCACUUGUUGUGUUACCAAGAAAUGAUAUGCGCCCUAACAAGGUGUUAGGAGUUGGCCUUAUAGUAAUCUAUCUGAUAUUUCUCGCUUCUAGGAUGAGCACAUCGAGGGGUGUUGUGUCAGUCAUAGGUGCCUAUUGA